AUGCAGACCCUCUGGCUGACAUGCAAGGGCACGUUCUUAUCAUCCAUUCAGAAUCGGAAUGAUUGGGCUAUUUACCACUCUUCGUGCGCUAAAGAGGAGCUUUCCGUUCCAAUCUGGCAGGCUGACGAGAGGUCAGAGUCGGUGGCUGAGUUCCUGGGACUGCUUUCCGCCAAAAAGUAUGGCAUGGCAAUCCACACAGUUGUAUCGCUUGUGGAUGAAGUUGCUGGGAACAUGCUUCUUCCCGAACAAGAGCAACAGCUGCAGCUGAAACCUACAAAAGCCUUCAGAAAGUUGUCCAAGCUGCUCAAGAACGAAGAAGUGGUACGCGGCAUCCUGACCGUCCUUUUGGAGGGCGACGACUGCCUCCUCAUGCUGGAUGCCAUCUGUAGGGUUACGCGCGCCCCUGGCUUUGCAAGGCAGAUAAGAAUCCAUAUUGCAUCCUGCAGCACGGCGGUCGAAACGCUGCAGCAACUCGGCUCGCUGCUCUUUCGCGUCGCCCUCAGAAACCUCUCUCAUAGCCCAACCGUCUCUCAAAAGGAAGCAUCGGCCUUGCAAGGUUGCCUGCUGUACAUGAAGACCCUGAUGAACCUGCUGGGUCACAGCCCUGAAUUCGCGGAACGCGCUUUCCGCCACGAGUACCUCCCGCUGCUGACGUCAUUCUUCCCGUUCCCCGGGGCUCCCCCCCGGGCGGCCGAGGGCGCGCGUGCCAGUCUGUUUGCGCACUUGGCGGCCGUCACAAUGGGAGUGUUUGAUCAUUUCGUGGACACCCCCCAGAUGGUGAAGAACGUUCUGCGCAGCGGCGCGGCGGCCGGGCUGAUUCCGUGGCUGACCCGGUUCUUCGAUCUGCUCACCGACCAGCUGAAGAAGUUCCCCGCGCGCCCUCCGGAGAACCGGGAGAUGCGAGUGACCGCACGAAGCCUUCUGUACCAACUGAACGGGCUGUGCGACGAGGCGAUGAAGCUCUCUCCCGGUCUGCUAAGAGGGGCCGAGUUCGACGAGUUGCACAGGUCGGUCCAGGAGUUAAAGCCUCUGCUAGACGAUUCCGCGAAAGGAAACGCGGAGAUCUUCCUUGGCAAAGUGCGGAAUCACAUCCGAAAGGAGAAGGGUACCCCCCCCGCUUUGGAGCCGUCCAAUCUUGAAACCGUCAUCCAAGUGCUGGAAGCAGUUCGGUUGGCCGGUGCGAAUGCUCCGGUUGAUCUGCUAGACGAAUUCGUGAUCAGUCUAGUUAUGCUGGUGUGUGACGACUUUAGAAAGCUCCUCAGAAAGGCUCCAAACGUGAUCCCGGUUCUGCGAGACUCUUUCGUUGCUGAGGUCAGCAGAGCUGCCAAAAAGCCCCGGUCAUCAAACCCCAAGGCGCAGGAGCGAAUGCGGCACGUGGCGAUGUGUCUGUCUUCGUUUCUGGCGGUCGGGGCUUCCGAAGGAACGCUCCCAGUCGCCGUCUUCGACAUAGCGGGCGCCGCGAUUGCGAGCAUCCUCAAGCCCGCACUCUCGGUUCUCGACCCCCCGGGCCACAUACGCAUACUGGAGCUCCUCAUUUUCUGCUUCAACUAUGGCGGCGACGCGGCCGCCACGCGGCGCGAGUACGCGCGCGCGCUCGCUGGGGUGAGCUUCCUGUACCUCGCAAAGCCCGCGGCCAGCUUGGCGUGGCACCUCACGGCCGCGGUAUUCGGCGCGCGCACCUGGAUCGACCCGGAGGUGGUGUGCGCGCACGAGGCCCAGGUCGGGCGGCAGUUCGGCUUCAACCCGAGGGACCGCGAGGCCGUUGGACACGUGUCGGGCUUGCUGCCCGCGGGCGAUGUGAAAAGGCUCGUGGACCAGGCGCUGCGGGUGCUUCACGAGGCGUGCUUGACCCCAUUCACACCGGAGGACCGCGUGCAAGACGUCGCGGAGAUUGUACGGCGGAUCGUCAUCGAAUGCCCUGAAAUACUUGAGCUGAUUGUCCCCCGCAUCGGGCACGUGACGCGGCUUCUGGAAGUCGUGUGCUCUAGCUUAACGCAAGAAUUUGGACGACAUUUCCUCGAGAAUCCUCUUUCCCGCCAGGAACUUGUGACGCCGGAGGAGAUCCGUCAGUGGAUGGGCGUGUUCGGGCCCCUUGUGGUCGUCUUCAAGUGCGCUUUUGAUAAGUGCAAGUAUAAGAGAGCGUCGAGAGAGAAGCUGCUGAUGGAGACGGCUGGCAACGGCGGGAUCGUGGUGUGUCAGGGAACUCUCCGCGAUUCCCGGGCGCUAUUAGCGGGCGCUGCAAAGAGUAUGAACGCGUCCGGGGGAAGCGCAGCCGAACGCGCGCGAGAAAUGAAGGAGCGGGUCGGGGAAAUUCUCCCCCAGGACGAGAUCGCCCGGGAGAUCUGGGCGGCGUAUGCGGAGCAGUUUAACCUCAAAGAGUGCAGCAAUCGGGCGUGCGUGGCCGGGGUGGUUGAGGUCCGCCAGAAGACGUUCAAGGCGUGCGGCGCGUGCGGCGGAGCACAAUACUGCUCGCGCGAAUGCCAAAUGGUCCAUUGGAAAAACGGCCACAAAACAGAGUGCAAAAUAGCAAGGCAGGGGGCAAGUAGUAAAGGCGAGAAGGGAAAGCGAGUCAAAAACAACAGAUGA